UAAACCUUAGAAACUCAUGUUCACAGCAAGUCAUCUGAUUCUGCUUUAACUGAGCUGCUGCAACAAGUGGCUUGACGGACAGUGCGCGUUUGGUUUUCAUUAGAUUGUCUCGACGCUGACCUCCUGCCCCAUCUACAGUAAUGUGAAACCAGCCCGCUGGCAGGAAGAGAAUACCGAGCAGAGCUGCUGCAGUCUGCUCUCACCACCCGGUCCGCAGGCUGGACUGCGCCGCCGCACACACACCCCGAAGCUCCGCAACUACAGAGACUCGUCCGUGCAAUGGCCACGAAGUAGUAGGCUAUCCCACCACGGGCAUAGAUGGUAAAGUAAGUCUUCGCAGAGGGGAUUAUUUUUGCUUUCUUUUCCCUGGAGGUGUGAUACCGCAGCCAUGGUGCGCUGUCAGACUCCCAGAAGUUUACGAAGAGGCGACUGGGGCUUCUCUCCUCUGCUGUCUGCUGCGCUGCUCAGCUUUCUGUUCGCAGGGAUGCAACAAACCACAGCGUUUCCCUCCUGGAGGUUAGAGGAAGAAGCUCAAACCACUGUGUUGCUCAUCGGGAUCCGCAAAGAGGCCCGCUCUCAAGUCCUUCACCUCUCCAGGAACAAGCGCUACACCCUCACCCCGGAGAAGCUCAAAUGGGACAAGUUCAAGCUGACAUACAAGUUGCUGUCCUUUCCUACAAACCUGAUUAAUGCCAGCGACACCCGUCGAGGCAUCGCCAAGGCUUUCAGCAUGUGGAGUGACGUCUCGCCGUUCACCUUCAGAGAGGUGCCAGCUGACCAAGAGGCAGACAUAAAGAUUGGCUUCUACCCCGUCAACCACACAGACUGCUGGCAUUCCCACUUGCACCAUUGUUUCGACGGCAUCACAGGAGAACUAGCUCAUGCUUUCUUCCCGCCAACGGGCGAGAUCCACUUUGACGACCACGAGUACUGGAUUCUGGGAAACAUGCGCUUCAGCUGGAAGAAAGGGGUUUGGCUAACAGACCUUGUCCACGUGGCGACUCAUGAAAUUGGCCACGUCCUGGGACUCAUGCACUCCAUGGACCCGAAAGCUAUAAUGCACCUGAACGCAACUCUGACAGGGCGCAAGCUAAUCACUCAGGAUGAGGUGUGGGGUUUGCACCGUCUCUAUGGAUGUUUGGACCGGCUAUUUAUCUGUCCAGCCUGGGCUCGGAAAGGCUAUUGCGACAGCAAGCGCAAGCUGAUGCAGAAGCACUGCCCCUCCAGCUGUGAUUUCUGUUACGAAUUCCCCUUCCCCACUGUAGCUCCCACCCCGACUCCCCCGAGGACCAAACACAAGCUGGUCGUUGAAGGCAAGAAGCUCACUUUUCGUUGCGGGAAGAAAAUAGCGUCGAAGAAGGGCAAAGUAUCCUGGUACAAAGACGGAGAGCUGCUGGAGUUCUCUCACCCCAACUACAUCUCCCUGAAGGACGACCACAUCACCAUAGUGGCCAACGCCAUCAACGAGGGCACCUACACCUGCAUCGUGAAGAAAAAAGAGAAAGUUCUCACCAACUACUCAUGGAGGGUACGUGUGCGCUUCUGAAGGCCACGCACGCAGUCACCAGCAGACCUCAUUCACCAGGGCACAUAUUUGUUUUUCUAAAAAAAAAAAAAAAAAAAAGAAA